AUGGGGCUGCCAGGCGCCCGGGGCCGCAACCUCAGCUGCGUCUCCUACAAGCACCCGAGCGUGCGGGGCAGCCUGGGGGGCGCGGGGGGCCCGGCGCGCGGCACCGUCCGCUGCCCCCCCCGCCAGUGCUGCAUCGGCAUCUGGAACCAGAGCCACGCGCUGGUGCAAGGCUGCUGGGGCGGCGGGGGGGCCGGCUGCCCCUCGCCCGCCUGCGCCCCCAGCCCCGCGGGCACCCCCGGCGGCGCCGUCCUCGUCUGCCUCUGCCACGGCCACCUCUGCAACGGCAACGCCAGCGGGCUGGCGCUGGGGGCACCCCGGCCGGCCCCGGCGGCUGGGCCCGCGGGUGCCCUGUGGCUCUGGGGUGCCGGUGGCCUCCUCCUCCUCCUCCUCGCCUGCCUGGCCUUCCUCGGGCUGCGGCGGGCAAGGGCCCGUGGCGGGCGGCCGCCCCGGGGGAGCCGGGGGCUGGGGGCCGCAGGGGCCCCCCCGGACCCCCCCAGCCAGGACCUGCCGGCGCUGCACUUCCUGCAGCUGCUGCAGGCGGGGCGCUUCUCGGCGGUGUGGCGGGGCACCCUGCACCAGCGGCCCGUGGCCAUCAAGGCGUUCGCGGCCGGGGCGGCGGGGCGCUUCGCCGCCGAGCGAGCCGUGCACGCGCUGCCGCUCAUGGAGCACGACAACGUGGCGCGGCUGCUGGGCGCCCGCGUCGCCGGGCCCCGCGCCCGCGGCGGCCUCCUCGUGCUGCAGCUCUACCCCGCCGGCUCGCUGCGGCACUUCCUGCGCCAGCACGUGGGCACCUGGGGCGGCAGCCUGCGCCUGGGGCUCUCGCUGGCCCGCGGCCUGGCCUUCCUGCACCAGGAGCUCUGGCGCGACGGCCUGUACAAGCCCAGCGUGGUGCACCGGGACCUGAGCAGCCAGAACGUGCUGGUGCGCGACGACGGCUCCUGCGCCAUCGGCGACUUCGGGCUGGCGCUGGCCCUGCCGCCCCGCGCCCAGGCCGCCGCCCGCCGCGCCGUGCCCAUCCGCAAGGCGGGCACCCAGCGCUACCUGGCACCCGAGAUCCUGGACGAGAGCCUGGACCUGCGGGCCUGGGGCCGGGCGCUGCGGCAAGCCGACGUCUACGCCCUGGCGCUGCUGCUCUGGGAGAUCCUGUCGCGGUGCCAGGCGCUGAGCCCCGGCCGCCCCGUGCCGGACUUUCGGCUGGCGUACGAGGCCGAGCUGGGCGGCAGCCCCACGGCGGCCCAGCUGCGGCGCUUGGCCGUGGAGGAGCGCCGGCGGCCGCUGAUCCCCCCCGCCUGGCACCGCGCCGGGCAGCCCGCGGGGGGGCUGCAGGAGCUGCUGGAGGACUGCUGGGACGCCGACCCCGAGGCCCGGCUCUCGGCCGAGCGGGCCCACCAGCGGCUGCAGCGCCUGGCUGCCGGGCCCCCCCCCGGGGCCCAGGCGUCCGGGCGCCCGCCGAGCCCCCCAACGCCCUCUGCGAGGGACCCAGGCGUCCGGGCCCCCCCGGCAGCUGAAUAA